UCAAUAAUGAGUUGAAGAUUUUGGUUUGCGAUGUGGGUUACAUAAAAGAGCUUUUGGACUAUGCAUGAGUUGUUAUUGGACCUUAGUUUUGGGUUUGCAGGUUUAUUGGGCUAUACUUGGCUUGUAAUGAGGGUAUGUACAUUGCACGCUUGGCUUUGAGCAUAAAUAGCUUCGUGCUACCAAACUUCUUGAUAAACAUUGCACCAAAGCGACUAACUAUACAAGUCAUAUCAUCAAAGUGGUCGGUCACAUGGAGCAAGAAACGGCUGCGUCAAAGUGGGAGGGAAAACAAGCCGUCCAAGUCAACGGGGUCACGGUGGAGCAAGCCUGGUCAGUCGUUUCAGACUUCUGCAAUGUUCACGAGUGGUUCCCAACUGUUGACACGUGUCACAGAGUGGAAGGAACCGAUGGUCAGGUGGGUUUGGUCCGAUACUGCGCCUCCAACAAAAUCAAAGACGAGGAAAUCAAAUGGGCUAAAGAGCGUUUGGUCGAGAUCGAUCCAGUCGGGCGGUGUUUGAGCUACGAGGUCCUUGAAAAUAACGUGGGGUUCGGAUCUUACGUGGCGACGGUCAAAGUGGUGCCAAUGGACGGUGGAGAUGAAUCGGAUGGAAAAAUCUGUCGAAUCGAGUGGUCGUUUGUGUCCGAUCCUGUUGAUGGUUGGACGAAGGAAAACCUUGAAUCCUACGUGGGUUUUUGUCUUCAACAUAUGGCGGACAAAAUGGAAAUGAAUCUGUAAAACCUUUUCUAUGCUUUUCUUGAUAAAAAUAUGUCAAAAUCUCAUUGUGAAAUAAAGAUACAUUCGAUUUGGUGCUUUUUCUAUCAUGUAUCAUCUAUGAUUGUAUGAACUUUAUUUUUUUCCUGGA